AUGUCGUUGGUUAUACCAGAAAAGUUCCAGCACAUUCACCGUGUCAUGAACACGAACAUUGAUGGUAACAGGAAGGUUCCAUAUGCUCUUACAGCCAUUAAGGGUAUAGGACGGCGUUUUGCAUUUGUUGUGUGCCGCAAAGCUAAUAUCGACAUCAAUAAGAGAGCUGGUGAGUUGUCAGAAUCAGACAUGGAGAAACUUACGCAGGUAAUGCAGAACCCAAAACAGUAUAAAAUCCCAAACUGGUUCCUAAAUAGGCAGAAAGACAUUAAAGAUGGCAAAUAUUCUCAGCUUCUGUCAACAACCCUUGAAACUAAAUUGCGUGAAGAUUUGGAGCGAAUGAAGAAAAUUCGCUUGCAUAGAGGUCUACGACACUACUGGGGACUUCGUGUAAGAGGUCAGCAUACGAAAAAGACGGGUCGUAAAGGUCGCACUGUUGGUGUAUCCAAGAAGAAGGGUGGUUAA